CAUACACUUCCUGUUUGCUGUGUUUGUGAGCCGUGGUGUGUGAGUGAGGCACAGACGUCUUUGAGUGCAGCAGAGAGCAACAACGACUGAUCUCACUCCUGUGUUUCACUGCACUGUUCUGCCGUGCCCAGGAUGUGGGUUUGUCUGUUAAACCGUGAUGUUUGUGGUGAAUGAAUGGCAGUGGUUCUGAGCUGGAGAUACUUUGGCGUGUUGGACUCUUAAGACAAGAACAGAGGCUAUGGAUGCAGGACAGUAAACUGCAGAACCUGAGCCGCAAAGAUGCAGCACACCUCGUGUACAGAGGACAGGAUCCAGCACGCUCUGGAUAGGUGUCUGGAUGGGCUUAGACAAAGCCCCACAGCAGCGCAUCACUGGAACGUACUGAUGUGCUCGGCGGGUCAGUCAAUGAACCGCUGGAGCCUGGAGGAGCUGGUGAAGAGGGACCCGGAGAAUUUCCUUAUCCUCUUGCAACAGAUUAUCAGAAAGACCAAAGAGGUUCAGGAGCAGUGUCAGUAUGAGCUGGUGGCUCCCCUCGCUAUCAUGUUUUCCUCCACACUACUUCAGACACCAUACUGUCCUCCAGACACAGAGCUGCUGGAGGAAGCUAUUGAGGUAUUUCGCUGCUUCCUCACUUGGCCUGAGCCGUACUGCAGUGUGUGUAAGAACCUCCUCUCCACACUACAGCUGGAGAUCAAGGCCCCAGGGAUUUCCUUUCAGAGACUGGUGAGAGAAGAGCAGGGCCUCAACAGCUCCAGUCAGUGUUCCAAGACCAUGACUGUGCUGCUGAUGAACCCGGGUGAGAUUCCCGCUGACUUUCUCUCAGUGGCUGAGCAGCUUAGUCGCAUUCAGCACUCACAGCAAGAGACCUACAUUACCCUGAUCAAACAUGCUUUCCAGUCCACACUAAGCACCAAGUACCCUCUCCACAGUAUCCACAGAGCCCUGCAGACAAAAAGCGUGAAUGAAUUGGGGGAGAUCUACUCCAUGGUAAGCAAUUUCUUAGAGACAGCCGCUGCCAUGAGUGACCCUCUAAAGGGCCGCAGUCAUGUGAUCCAGGGACUGGAGAAACUGAGGGAGAGGCUGAGAAUCCCUGCAUCCAAUGGGCGAAAGUCUGAUGGAAUGCUACAGACGCUACCACUCCCUACCGCCAAGUGUCACAUGUUUCAUUGGGAAAAGGAUAACUUUGAUGUUCUGAACACCCUUUUGGAGCAUGAGUCUGACAAACUGAUCAGUAAUGGGCAUGCUGAGGAGGAGGACAGUGUCGAGAUUGAUGAUGAUGAGGAUGAUGAAGAAGAGGAGCAGGAGGAGGUGGAGGAGGAAGACAAUGAAGAGGAGGAACACGGAGAAGAACUGCCUUCAAUGUCAAUUGUUCCUAAUGUCUGCAGCGUCAACCAUCGUGCUUCUACUUUCUCCACCAUUUCCUCUGUGUCCACUGCCUCUAAAGACUCCAUGUUCUCCACCAUGUCUGUAGCCUCAGAGUCCUACGCUUCAUCUCUCUACUCUGUCACUUCUGGAGUUGAUAGUGACUACUUUGAUGAUUCUGAUGACUAUAUCAGUUCCUCUCCUGUUGCUGAAAAACAUUCACCAAAGUCUGCCAAAGCUGCAGCUCGUCUCAGCCAGCACUUGUACCGGUUUUUCAUAAAACCCAAGAACCCUCGGUCACUGUAUCGUGCCAAAAGCUUAGGAAACACAGAAUCAAAAGAGCUUUCUGUGGUGCGAGAGCAACGCUCCAAUUCUCUACCCCAGCAAGUCCUCUUGCGUAGUCCUGAGCCCCCACUGAAUCCACAAAGUCAGACUCUCAGACAUGUUUGCUUCAGAAGGAGGCCUAUUCUCAGCAGCGAUGAGGACAGUAAGAAUACUACACUGAGGGUGGUUGUGUUUGGCGCUGAUCAUGUAGCAGGGAAAGUGGCCCGGGCCUACAGUAGCCUGAGAAGAAAGGAGAGUGCAUGUCCACGUCUCAGCAGGGCCUUCAAUAUUCAGUUCUACUUUGUGCCUGUGAAAAGGGACCCAGCUACAGGGCCAGGGGGUCUGAGGUCUCCCAGUCCUGUUGUUCAAACUGGAACUCUAAAAGGAGCAGCCCUGUCUAGUGAUGGGGACAGUACAAACGACAUUGCCCAUCUCCUUGGUAUGUUGGACCCUUGGUACGAAAGAAACACCCUUACCCUGCUUAACUUGCCUACCAACGUCGUCUGCCAGCAAACCUCAAAGACGGAGUCAGACUCAUAUGAUGGUUCAUAUGAACACCGUCUACCCAUCCUGGCUGAAUUGGUCCUGUAUUACUGCCGCCAUGCUGCCCGGCCAGCUCUGAUCCAGCUCUAUCAGGCUGAGCUGACAUUAGCUUGUGGAGAAAGGAGGACUGAAGUGUUCGUCCACUCCCUAGAGUUGGGUCACACCGCAGGAACAAGAGCCAUCAAGGCCAUGGGUGCUGCCAGUAAACGGUUUGGUAUUGAUGGUGACCGAGAAGCAGUUCCUCUAAUGUUGGACGUGGUGUACAACAGGGUGGUGAUUAGUGGGAGAAGCCAGUGGAAAAGAGAAACCAAAGUCUGUACUUCUAUAAACUUAACCAAAGCGUGCAAGAAUCCCGAGGAACUAGACUCGAAGAUGGAGUGCCUGCAGCUCACGAUGACUGAGGUCCUGAAGAGACAGAACGGUAAAAGCAAGAAGGGAUACAACCAGCAGCUGAGCAUGACAGAGGUGAAAGUGGACAAGGUGCAGGUCAGCGGUGCUGAAAACACAACCUUUGCUGUAUGUCUGGACCAAGAUGAAAAAAAAAUACUGCAAAGUGUCACCAGGUGUGAAAUAUCAGUGUGCUAUAAACCUGACAGCACCUCUGACUGGAGGCUAAGAAAAGCCCGGACCUCCGCCCAAAUCCAGCCUCUCAACCCAACCUUCUGCUCCCUCCUCUGCCUGCCCAUAGUCACUUUCAGUGGGGCACUUCCCUGAGACUACUGGAUUCUGGUACAGGUGGUUUGAACAGAAAGACUGUGCAUAUCGUAAGAGCUUCCAAUGCUCUGACUGACUGACUGCAGAGGAAGUGUGCAUAGGACAUGUAGUUUUUUCAUUUCUGCCUGGAGCCUUAAAGCUGCCGUGGUUUUGUUCACAUUGGUGUGCUCAAAUGUCCGUGGCACGCAACUGUUGGAAAACAGAAGGACUUAAUCAGAGAAGGUGAAGAGGAAACUGCAGACCAGGCUGGCCUGUGAUCGUUCGGACCGGACACACAAAGAACUACUGGAGAUACAAUAGCUCUAAUGAUGCUGAGUUCAGCUUCCUCUGUAUAAAGCAAUUAUUCACUGCUGUGUAGGAAACAAGUUUCGGCUUUCAGGUUUCAGUUCUUCUAUUCUUUUUGGCAGGGAAGUGGCCUUACCCACAGUAACAGCAGAAUGUAAGCUGGUCAUACAGGUCGAAUCUGCAGAGGCUCAAGCAAGAUGGCAUCCAAACUGGCAAGACAAAUAUGUUGUAAUAGACAGAGAAAUGGAUGUAAAAAUGUAGAAAUCAUCUUGGAAUCAAAGUCUCAGUUUGCUCUGAAUCAGCCUACAUGGACAUGGAGGACCUGGUGGUAUUUUGACAUCUGUUGGCCAGACUGUACUAUGUAACGGCUCCAUUAGGGGUUAUUAUCAGACUAUGGACACUAUGGAUUUAAAUUGUAAAUACUAUGUUUAUGAAGUAUUGUAUUGCAUACUAUAACUUGUUGUGUGUCUAUUAUAAAUGUGCUUUUAGUGAUAACAUUUAUCCUAAGGAGUUAAAAUGAAUCCACUGUUUAACUGGAAUAAUAAAUAUGAGCAGCAGGGGGCUCUGUUGAUAUUCAAGUUGAAUUCAGUUGAAGUAAAGAUUAAUUUAACAGUCUUGAGUUUGUAAUAUUUUUUAUAAUGACUGUUAUAUAACUUAAUGUGUAAAUAAUAUUUUUACGUUGAAAACUGAAGGAACAGAUGGAAAAUACAAAUUUGCCAUUUUGGUGCUACAAAUACAUUCAAAAGCACUUCUUCCUGAUUUAUUGCACUUGGCAUACUGUAUGCUGUACACUGUAUGCAUACUGUAACAAUGACAUUUUUAAAAAAUGUGUUUUUGUUUUGUUGCUGUAAAGGGAAGAUAUCCUGAUCACCUGACUGAGACUGUAAUAGUAGCACUGCAUUUGUAAAAGAAGCACUUGAACAUUUGAGUGAAUGACUUAUAGGAAUAUUAAGGUACUUUAAUGUUCAGAUAGAUUCUCUCUACCUACAUGCCUUUUCUGGUGAAAAUAUUGCAAAUUAAAUAUUAAUUUUCUAAUUCUAUGUCAAUCAUUCA